AUGCCAUACAUCAAGAUCUUCCUAGAAAAAUACCCAUCGCGUUAUUCCAUGAUCGGCCCCGUCAUGCCAACCACCAAUGGCUUCGGCUUUGCAUUUCCCAAGGGUUCAUCCAUGGCUACCGACAUCACAAGGGAGAUCGAAAAGCUAAAGCAGUAUGGACGGCUCCAAAUGCUGGAGAAUGCGUGGUUCGAAAGCCCGACCACUGGUUUUGAUUCAGGGGAUACUUCGAGCAGUGUGAACCCACUUACGGUAGGCGACUUUCGGGGAUUGUUCCUUAUCAGUGGAACCUUCACGGCUUUAACCUUUCUCUUGUUCUUUGCUUCUUUGAUCUACAAAAGCUUCCAUAUUAUGAAGAAAUGGGGACGACCAGAGAUUGUGAAACAGUAUAUUUGUAUGAUCAUUUUCAAGAGCAGAAGAGACGCCAAUGUAACAUACCCAGAGUUGGGCAAUGUAUGA